AUUUUUUCAGUUACUGCAUUUAAAGAGAUGAGAUGGAUUACCAAAAUGAAUUUCAUUCAAAACUGAUCAUAUUUUAUCAGUUUAAACAGUUUGAAGCAUCGCAGAUUGUCCACGGACUGAUAGUUUUCGUUUGAAUUAAAUCUGAUUGCGUCUGCGUAAGCUGUGGAAGUAAGGAAGGCUUGAUUUAUCAUCAUAGAUGGUUACUGAACUAAUAAUAGUUUGAUAAGUAUAUAACUUCUAUUAAUAUCUCUUCUUUAUCAAUAUGUCUCUGAAGGAAAAAAUAAAUGGAAAUGAACUUGACUUAAGUUUGAAUCAGUUGACGGAAGUUCCCGUGAAAGAAUUGGCUGCUGCCACUAAAGCCACAAUGCUCGAUUUAUCAUGUAAUCGCAUUUGCACUUUACCGAGAGAAUUUUCAACAUUAACCCACUUGGUGAAAAUUGAUUUGAGUGCCAAUAGUCUUUCUGAACUUCCUGAUAACUUUGGUAAUCUGCAUAACUUACAAUAUUUAGAUUUGUAUUCAAAUCAGCUUGUAACUCUUCCUGUAAGCUUUUGUAGAUUGAAGAACUUACGUUGGCUUGACUUGAAAAACAAUCCUUUGGAAGGCAAAUUGAAGACAGUUGCUGGCGACUGUUUGGAUGAAAAAGAAUGCCAAGCUUGCGCCAAAAAGGUUGUUUCUUAUAUGCAAGCAAUUGAUUCUGAUUUAGAGCGAGAAAAACAGAAAAAAUUAAAAGCAGUUAGAGAAAAAGAAUCUGCUAAACAAGCCUUAAUUGAUAAAGAACUUGAAGAACAGCGCAGGUCAAAAAAAUUAGAAAGAGAAAAAAGAAAAGCUGAGUCCAAAGCUAAGAGAGAAGCUCAAUUAUUACUUGAGAAAGAACAGCAGAAUGACCAUGGAAACGCUUCAAGGAUAAACGGAUAUGAAAGUGAAAAUGAUAUGGAACAGAGUUCAACUAAAGGAAAAUACUUGUCUUUCAAGGCCUUCCUUUUCUUCCUUUUGGUUAUAUGCUCUUCAAUAUUUAUAUAUCUAUUAUGGAGUGAUAACAUGAAGUCUGUUAAUAUGCACAACUUAAGAGCAACAUCUCAAUAUGUUCUUCUCAAAGGAAAAGCUCAUUUUCUUCAUGGCCUAAAAUUGACUUCAUAUUACUCUCCUAUUGUGAAAGAAAAUUUGCUGAAGGUUGUACACUAUUAUAUGGUAUCAAUGACUCAUUUUGCUAGUCAAAUUGAACAGAUGCUUUCAGGGUACUUUUAACCCUGUAUUAAUAUAUUGUUAAAAUUUAUAAAUAAAAUGUAUUCAAGAUAA